AUGACCCCGGAACCGCCUGCACACGCCUCACCAUCGCUCGGCCACUCCGCUGUCCAGGCCCCCGCGACGUGUCGGCUCGUCCUCGACGCCCAAGCCCUCCUCCAGCUCCAGCACCGCCUCCCCCGCUCCCGCCACACCUUCCAAAUCAAAACCCAACACCAAGGUCGUCUUGACCGAGACAUCCGCUACCCCUGCACCCGCGGCGGCUUCAGCUGCCGUGACCCCGAAACGAACCACGAGCAGCUCCACUUCCUCCGCUUCUUCUUCUUCGUCGUCCUUGGCGAGCAGUGCAACAAACCUAUGGAACAACUAUAACCAAAACAGUCCGUUUCCAUACAUCCGUUCUUCUCACUUGCACCAGGAAUCCCAUAAUUGCCUCCCCUGACCUCCUAACCCAUCCGGUUUCGGCCUCCCCCCCCCCCUUCCCCCCACUCUCAUAGCCGCGCCCAAAUUGAAACUCUUGGACGGCUUCCAACUGUUCCUCAUGCUCUCCGGCAUCGCCCAAUUCCUCUACUGCCUCGUCAUCACCACCUUCCCCUUCAACGCUUUCAUCUCGGGGUACGUCCAUUCCCAAGCAGAACCCGAGAAUUUCCAAAAAUACGGGGUCGGCUCAUUCAUGUCUUUGAUGCUCUCUUUGAUUCGCACAGUUUCGCCGCGACGGUUGGUCAAUUCGUUUUGACCGCGGCUUUGAGGGCUCAGGUGAACCCCAAGAACAAGACGAUCUUCCCGACCAUUUCACCGGAAAGGUAAGCCGAAGGAACUACUUUCGUCCCCUCGUCCUUCCUUGGAAACCUCAAAGGCUGAUCCAUCCACUCCGACACUGCAGAGCUUUCGCAGAUUACGUCUUUGGUUCGAUGUUGCUGCAUUUCUUCGUUUACAACUACCUUGGUUGA